AUGGAUUUUCAAUUGAAGGCGGUACCGGAAGAAAUCAUCCUGAAGAAGGUUACUGGAAGGAGAGAGCCGGUCAAUCGUGAUAAUCUCCUGAAUGUGGACAACAAGAACUGGCAGUCAAUUGUUUGUCGACGAUGUGACUCGCUUAUACUGUUCGAGGACAAAGUAGACCUUGUGGAAGGCGGCUAUACAGCCAAGCUACCAAUAAUGACCCCUGGGGCUAAAAAUACGACCGACACCGAAGAUAUUUCAUGGUGGUGGCAUUCGACUGAUGAUUUCGAUUUCGACACGAUUGGCUACGCAAUGCCUAUGGUGGAUAACAAAAAGAUCCUCGUCUGUGGUGACUGCGAAUUCGGUCCCAUUGGACUGCGAAAUCCAGAUGAAAAAGAAUUUUGGCUGGCGGUUGAAAGAGUCGCUUAUGCUGACAAGCCGGCACCCAAAGGACACAAGAUCGUUCCGAGGAAACCGAAAAAGGCACCAACGUAA